AUGUCGUAUAAAAAACCCUCAACAAAUAGGCUGUGUGCAAGCUCGUACCUGCUUCCCCAGCAGACUCUUUGUUGGGCAGUAGCUGUAUUUCCAGCUCUUCUACAACUGAUUGCAAUGGUGCACAACUCAUGUAAAGCUUUAUGUUAUCGAUCUAGCAGUUACCGCUGUUACCAGCACCCCAACCUUGGUGCGGAAUUGCAGCUCCUACAGGGUUCACGGACUUCAGCUCUGCAGCUGCUGCUUCCAGGUGGCAACAUUAUAGACAUUUACCUUUGUAUAAAGCCACUUCAGGUGAUUCUCCUCAAUGUGUUCGUCCCCUGCAGACAACUGAAACGUGACUAUCCCAGUGCUGUAGUUCUUAGUACUGAUGACUUCUUUGUCGUAGAUGGCGUGUACAUAUUUGAGCCUGACUUCUUAGAGGAUGCACACAAAUGGAACCAGAAGAGAGCACGCAAAGCAAUGAAGAAUGGGAAAAGCCCGGUUAUUAUUGAUAAUACCAACAUCCAUGCUUGGGAAAUGAAGCCGUAUGUGAUGAUGGCACGUGAAAACAGAUACGAAGUUGUAUUCCAAGAACCAGAUACACCCUGGAAGUUCAAUGUUCAAGAACUGACAAGAAGAAAUGUUCAUCAUGUCCCUCGACAAAAGAUACAGCAGAUGAAAGAACAGUACGACCACAACGUUACCUUCCACAGUGUUCUUCGGUCUGAAAAACCAAGCAGAGAUGAGGGAAGCUCCCGUGGAGCAAAUGCAGCUUACGGCAUGGGUGCCUGUUCCAACCCUGCUCCAGCCUUCUCAAACAGAAGAGCACACGUGGCACGUACAGGCGAUGUGUCAUUUCGCUGA